AUGGGAUGGUUAUCAAAUCAGGGUGUUGUUAGCGGUGGUGGUUGGGAGAUGCAAAUAUUCAGCUGGGUUCAAAACAAGCUCACCGGCAAGAAACCCAACACCAACAUCAUUCCAGACAAUCACACCACCCAACAACAGCCUUGCAAAGAAGAAUUCAGCGACUGGCCUCAUGGACUGCUAGCAAUCGGAACAUUCGGAAACAAGAUCAAACAAGAACAGGAGAAACCAAAUCCACAACAAGAUCAUGUUAAUUAUCUACACGGUCUUACACCAGAAGAAGUAGGGAAACUUCAAAAAGAGUUCAACUUGAUAUUUCAAGAACACGGCGAACCACCAUCAUCGGCUAAUCCAGAAGCUCCUAGUGAAGGAAAGGUUUGCAGUGGAUUCUCCGAUGAUCACCGCAGCACCAGUUUAGUUCACAGUAGAGGGAAAGAUGUCAGCUUGGAUAACUCCAAAGCUGCAAUAGGGAAGAAAUCAUUUUCGUUUCUUUUAAAGAAGAUAUUCGUUUGUACAAGUGGAUUCUCACCUCCCGGUCCCAUUAGUUUAAGGGAUCCAGCCAUGGAGUCAAAAAUGGAGAAGAUAUAUCGACAAAAUCAUGGCACUAAAUUGUCAACCCAGAAAUCCUUAGAGAGAAGUGCUCAUAUUGCCAAGACUGCCAAUUGGGAUGACAAGACUGAAAAGGCAGAUGAUGGAAGUAAAUGGGUGAAAACAGAUUCUGAAUAUAUUGUUUUGGAAAUAUAA